AUGGCGUCGACCUCCGUGCUCCAGCAUUUCGAGGUGUAUCAGAAGGCGCGCGUGACGUUCGUGCAGGCCGUGGCGGAGGCCGCGACGCGACCGCAGAACAUUGAGGUCAUGCAGAACGCCGGCGUGAUGCAGCUGCUGCGUCCGCUGCUGCUCGACAACGUGCCCAGCAUCCAGCAGUCUGCAGCAUUGGCGCUCGGACGUCUCGCCAACUACAGCGACGACUUAGCCGAGGCGGUCGUGGGCAACGAGAUUCUGCCGCAGCUCGUCUAUUCACUCUCGGAGCAGAACCGAUUCUACAAGAAGGCAGCGGCCUUCGUCCUGCGCGCGGUGGCCAAACACUCACCGGAAUUGGCUCAAGCUGUAGUCGACUCGGGGGCUUUGGAGUCGCUGGUGCCGUGUCUGGAGGAGUUCGACCCGACAGUGAAAGAAGCGGCCGCGUGGGCGAUCGGCUACAUCGCGCAGCACACGGGCGAGCUGGCACAGCACGUCGUGGACGCUGGAGCUGUGCCGUUGCUCGUGCUUUGCAUCCAGGAGCCUGAAGUGGCGCUCAAGCGCGUCGCGGCGUCCGCCCUCAGUGACAUCGCCAAGCACUCGCCCGAGUUAGCCCAAGCGGUCGUCGACCCGGGCACCGUGGCCUACUUGGCGCCGCUGAUCCAGCACCCGGACGCCAAGUUGAAGCGGCAGGUCUGCAGCUGCUUGGCGCAGAUCUCCAAGCACUCGGUGGACCUGGCCGAGAUCGUCGUCGAGGCCGAGAUCUUCCCCAACAUCCUCUACAACCUCAAGGACAUCGACCACACUGUGCGCAAGAACGCCGCCACCUGCAUCCGCGAGAUCGCCAAGCACACUCCGGAGCUAUCGAAGCUCAUCGUGAAUGCAGGAGGAGCCUCGGCACUUGUCGACUACGUAGCGGAAGCAACGGGCAACAACAAACUCCCCGGGAUCAUGGCCAUCGGCUACAUCUCGGCCUUCUCGGAGACGCUGGCGCUCGCGGUUAUCACAUCCAAGGGCAUCACUCCGGUUAAGAGCGCGCUCAUCUCGGAGCCUGAAGAUCACAUCAAAGCGGCGAGUGCGUGGACUUUGGGGCAGAUCGGACGUCAUACACCGGAUCACUCGCGUGCAGUAGCUGAAGCGGACGUGCUUCGCCAUCUAUUGGCCUGUAUGAUCCACCCGAACAGCUCCGAUGACCUCAGGAUCAAGUCGAAACGCGCGUUGAAGAGUGUUUUGGCCAAGUGUACCCAUCUGCAGGCACUGCAACCGCUACUGCGUGACGCCCCCGUGAAGGUGCAGAAGUAUAUUCUGAAGCAGUUCGCGCAGAUGCUACCACACGAUCUCGAAGCCAGGCGCUCGUUUGUGCAGAAUGGGGGCUUGGAGCUGCUGCAGCAACUGAGCGAGGUGGCGGGAGGCAAACUGACCGAGUACAUUCUCGAGAUCAACAACUGCUACCCCCCGGAGAUCGUCGAGUACUACUCGCCGCACUACUCGAAGACUCUGCUGGACAAGCUGGACGACUACCAGCCUCAGGUGCGGUAG